GUAAAAUUGUGUCAAACUAACGUUAGCUGAUUUAAAGUCAUGGACAGCGACAGUCCUCAAAAACAGAUGCCAGAACCUCGUAUCUUCUUGGAGAGAACUUUGGCUUUAAUCAAACCUGAUGCCAUCUACAAAACUGACGAAAUUGAGGACAUUAUUCUUCAGUCUGGAUUUACAAUUCUGCAGAAAAGGCGGCUUCAACUGAGUCCAGAGCAAUGCAGUGAUUUCUAUGCUGAGCAUUAUGGGAAGCUGUAUUUUCCCCAUCUGACCGCCUUCAUGAGCUCCGGACCAGUGGUUGCUCUAGCACUGGCCCGACACCAGGCUAUUGCCACCUGGAAAGCCAUAAUGGGACCAGUCAGCAGUAUAAAGGCUAGAGAGACACAUCCUGACUGUCUGAGAGCUAGACUGGGCACGUGUGACCUGCGCAAUGCUGUGCAUGGCAGUGAUUCCUUCUCUGCUGCUGAGAAGGAGAUCAGGUUCAUGUUUCCCAACUCUGUGAUUGAACCCAUUCCCAUGGGAGAUGCUGCCAAAGAUUACCUGAGCCGGUAUGUUAGCCCAACACUUCUCACUGGACUGACGGAGCUGUGCAAGAAAAAGCCAAUGGACCCCUUUACAUGGCUUGCUGACUGGCUGAUGAAUAAUAACCCAAAUAAGCCCAGAAUAUGUGAUGGAACAGUAGUAAAGGAGGCAGCCUGAUUUGUUUUUCAAGCAACAAGAAUUUACCAACAAGUUACUGUCUUGAUCUAUUUUGGAUGUUUUUCUCAUCAUUCAAACUGCUUUAUAAAAUAUAAUGUUGUUAAUAAACAAUGUUAUUUAACCCUUGAUUUACUGUGCUAUCAAAUAUGUUUGCUUAUGUCAUGGUUAAUUUAAAUGUAAGAUAAAAUUGCA